AAAGCUUCCGGAGCGUUCAGCCUGCGUGUUUGAAAAGCUGCGUUUUCUGCACGUGUAGGAGGAAGAGCUGCUGCUCGCGAGGCGGCGGGUCACACCUGACACCGAGCUCGAGCCCGGCGUCAGUACCUGUGAGGCAGAGCGCGAGCUAAACGAGCUGCGCAGAAUGGAGCUCUCAUUAUUACUUCAUGACCUUCAUCUCUCUCCCUGCUCCUCCUCCUCAGAGAAGCCCCUCCCCUCUCCCUCUCUUCCUCCAAUCACAGAGCUCCUGUCUCGGCUGCAGGACAAGCUGAUUGGUGCGUCCACAGACUCUGAAACGAGCUCCCUGAUUGGUCGUGUGGAACAGCUCUUCCGAACAGCAGAUCCUCAUUGGCUGUUCUCCCCAAACUCAGCCAGUCAGGAUGACGGGUGGGCGGGGCUUCGGGCGGCGUACGGCUCUCUGGUCAGUGCUGUGACUGGCUGCGCAGCUCUGCCGCUCUGCGAAGACGACUGCGGCUCCCCGUCGGCUGCGGCCUAUCAGAGCUUACCCGCCCGAGCUGGACCGGUAUGCUCCGCCCUCAGAGCGCUGCUGGGAACUCUGGGAAACUGGGAGUCAGGGGGCGGAGCCAGAGGAGGUCAGACCGGCUUGCUCCUGACUGUAGCUCCUCCCAUCUGCGUGUUCGCUGUCACACAUUUCCAGGAUCAGGCGUGGACCAGCUCCUCCUCCAGAGCGGCGGCACAGAGCCUGCAGGAGGCGCUGCUGAAGGCUGGGCGCUGGAGGGACUCCGCCCACCUCCUGAUGGGGGGCGGGAGUCAGGACGCGGAGCGGGAGGAGGGGGGCCGGACGAGCAGAGGGAUUCUGGGAGGAGUCCUGGACGUCCUGCGGCCUCAGCUGACCAAGGACUCGUGGCAGCGAUGUGAAGCAGUGAAGUUGGUGUUUGCUUGGACUCUCCUGCAGGUGACUCGCCCCUCUCUCUCCCCUCACCUGCACCUCCUCCUCCCCCCGUCCCUCCUCCUCAACGACCACUACAGACCGGAGAACUGCAUGCUGGGAGUUCGCUGUCUGCACCACAUCGUGCUCCACACGCCGGCUGCAGAUCUCCGUCAGUUCAACAGAGCUGAAGUUCUCUACCAGGCGUUGUUCAAACACCUGUACACCACAGAGGCUGCGGUCAUACAGCCGGUCCUGUCCUGUCUGCUGGACCUGCUGUUGGUUUUGGAGAAGCCCCCCUCCUCUCUGGCCCCGUCCUCCCCCCGCAGGAAGACCUGUCGCCAUGACGACGUGCUGCGUUUGGUCCUGACGCACAUGGAGGCGGAGAACAAGGUGGCGCUGCGGCGCGUCUACGCCGCCGCUCUGCCUCCGUACAUAGACAGGAUGGGCGUGGCGGUGUGCAGACACCUGCGGCGGCUGGAGCGAGUGGUGCUGGGAUACCUGGAGGUCACAGAUCCGCCAGAAGAGACGAGUCGACUGAAGAUCCUGGAGGUGCUGCAGAAAACCAGCAGAGCAGCCUGGCCGCGGAUGGCGUGCCGUGUCGACGUGUUGCUGCGUUGCCUGCUGAAGUUGCUGGUCGACGUCUCUUCGGACUCUCAGCUCGGUGAUUCGGUCAGACAGAAGCUGAUGAAUGAAACGUCUCUGUGCAUCAAGCUGCUGGACGGCUGCUCACAGGGAGCCCUCCAGCCUCUCCUCCAGCAGGUCGACAGCAGCUGCUGCAGCCCUGAGGUGCUCAGUUGCCUAGCGACAGUAACUACGAUGACAAAGAGGUGACGCAACAGACCAGAUCGGGAGUUUGUGGUUUGUCUGACGACGGUUCUUCAUCAGGGCGACUCCAUGUGAAGCUGCAGGACGGCUCCUAAAAGGACUUUAACUCUGCGUCUCCUCACUGCAAACAAACCCGAGCUCUCUUUGGUUUCCUCUCUGUUUCCCCUGUGAGCAGUCUGAACACACAUCAGUGUGUGAGCAGCGAGUCCAGCUGGUCCAGUCGGUGUUUCAGACCCAGUAAACUGUCCUCGGCCUCCAGUCGUCUCGCCUCCAGAUCCUCCUGCUGACUCCACAAACUGCAGCGCAGACGAGCCUCGAACACAGAGCAGAGCGGACGUUACUUUCGCUGCUUCACGCUUUGAUUUUAAGUGUUACAA